CACUUUUAGCUGGAAGAGUAAAGUUGUCCUUUUCUUCCCCUAUGAUUGUUGUGGGAUAUUAACUUGGAUUAAGAUACUGUGGUUUUAGGUUCAAGGCUCCGUACCUUGUUCUAGUCUUUCAAACGUUAGCGUUGCAGGUACCUGGAUCUAGGAACCAUUAACUGCCGUUAAGAGAGCCCCGGUGUACUAGAGUGGGAGAUGAUGGCAAUUCUUCUCCAGCUCCAUAUUUGGCAGUUAAUAUAGCCUUAGGCAUGUGAACAAAGUUUCUAAGUAAACUUUUGGCCUGUUAGGAUCCAGUGGUCCUUUUGAUAAUCCAAGAUUCCUGGUCUUAGGAGAUACACGGUACGAGGCGUUUGAACCUCUUAGGAUUGAAUUACCGUUUCUUUAGCAGUAGUUACAUUUUUCUUAAAUUUUUAAGAUUACUCAUAUGGGCCUUUAUGUUAUGAUUUAAUCUUUACAAACUAACUCUGAAAAGCAGUCAAGGAAUUGUAGGAAUAAUAAGGACCUAGAAUGAAUUGCUUACUAAGAGCUCAGAUUGAUAUUCAGGGUCGAAAUAUUAGUAAUAGUGAAAAAACAUCAAGAGUGAGCCAGAGUGCUUGUGGGAUGGAUGGGGAUAAAAAUCAAAAGGUAAAGAAGAAACCACGUUAUUUGAUAAUUUCGUGGAUUAACUAACUUAACUGUUCAGUUAGCAGCUAAGCAGUUGAUUUGUCAGCAGGCAACUCCUGGUUUGAAGAAAGUGUUGGCACUGCCUCUUUAGAUUCUGAAAACUUCCCUUCCUUAUCCUGCAAAAUUAUCGCUGUUUAUUACCCAUAAUUAGGAUUUAACAUUUUCCCCCUAGAUUGCUUUGAAGAGACUUUCCACAUAUUUUGAGUGAAUGUGGAGACAGUGAAUGAGUCCUUUUCAAUGUUGAUUUUGAAAGGCAAAAACUAAAGUGUUGCGUCUGGACUUAAAUUCAGUAGGAUUUAAUGGACAAACAUGACUUAGUUACUCUCCACUGGUAGACACUUGUUUAAUAUCCGAUAGAAUAAAUUGGUCCAACUCCCUAGCCUACCUUCAGAAGCAAUAGAAUUAGUUUCUUGACUGUUGUGUUUCCACUUACUUUUAUCUUCUAAUUUCCAAGUAUUUUACCCUAUCUUGAAACCAUAGGUGUAUUGAAAAUGAUUCUUGGGUUUUCUGUUACUGGCCUGCCGUAUUCCUUUGCUUUUCACUCUUCUCAACAGUUUCACGUGAGCUAACAAUUGCUUGUUUAAAAUUAAUUUUUGUAUUGUUGGAAGAGCUGGCUGCUCUUCCAAAGCGGUUGUUCCUAACCAAAAUGUAGUGAAAACAUCACUAGAGUCAGGAGACCUGAUUUCGAGUCCUCUUUUUUUACUGUAACUGGGGGACCCCAAACACCUUUCCUUAGGCUCUCUAAACAUCGUUUUCUGUAAAUAAAGAUAAUGCCCUAUCUAUUUUAAAGACACAAAGGAAAAUAGUAGGUUACUUGUUAAACGUUACAACAUAGUACAAAUACAUGCUUUAUUUUUGUGGACAGCAGGCAUUUCCAUUUCUUAAUGCUUGGUCACUUUUAAUAGCUUCUGAGUUUCAAAACUAGCUUCCCUCAACUUCUGAGGACGACAGAAAACAAAAAAACUCUGGAGCCUGAAUAAGAGAUUUAGUCCAUAACUUACUUUUAUUAUUUAUUUGUAGCACUAUGAUUCUUAGAUCUUUGUGAAGCUUUCGUUCAAUGGUGUGCCACGAAAGAUUGAAGAUCAUUUCUUUAAAAAGCAUUUGACAUUGUGCAGCAAAGAAAUGGUUAUGGAGAAGCCCAGUCCGCUGCUUGUAGGGCGGGAGUUUGUGAGGCAGUAUUAUACUUUGCUGAAUAAAGCUCCAGAAUAUUUACACAGGUUUUAUGGCAGGAAUUCUUCCUAUGUUCAUGGUGGAGUAGAUGCUAGUGGAAAGCCCCAGGAAGCUGUUUAUGGCCAAAAUGAUAUACACCACAAAGUGUUAUCUCUGAACUUCAGUGAAUGUCAUACUAAAAUUCGUCAUGUGGAUGCUCAUGCAACCUUGAGUGAUGGAGUAGUUGUCCAGGUCAUGGGUUUGCUGUCUAACAGUGGACAACCAGAAAGGAAGUUUAUGCAAACCUUUGUUCUGGCUCCUGAAGGAUCUGUUCCAAAUAAAUUUUAUGUUCACAAUGAUAUGUUUCGUUAUGAAGAUGAAGUGUUUGGUGAUUCUGAGCCUGAACUUGAUGAAGAAUCAGAAGAUGAAGUAGAAGAGGAGCAAGAAGAAAGACAACCAUCUCCUGAACCUGUACAAGAAAAUGCUAACAGUGGUUACUAUGAAGCUCACCCUGUGACUAAUGGCAUAGAGGAGCCUUUGGAAGAAUCCUCUCAUGAACCUGAACCUGAGCCAGAAUCUGAAACAAAGACUGAAGAGCUGAAACCACAAGUGGAGGAGAAGAACUUAGAAGAAUUAGAGGAGAAAUCUACUACUCCCCCUCCAGCAGAACCUGUUUCUCUGCCACAAGAACCACCAAAGGCUUUCUCCUGGGCUUCAGUGACCAGUAAAAACCUGCCUCCUAGUGGUACUGUUUCUUCCUCUGGAAUUCCACCCCAUGUUAAAGCACCAGUCUCACAGCCAAGAGUUGAAGCUAAACCAGAAGUUCAGUCUCAGCCACCUCGUGUGCGUGAACAACGACCUAGAGAACGACCUGGUUUUCCUCCUAGAGGACCAAGACCAGGCAGAGGAGAUAUGGAACAGAAUGACUCUGACAACCGUAGAAUAAUUCGCUAUCCAGAUAGUCAUCAACUUUUUGUUGGUAACUUGCCACAUGAUAUUGAUGAAAAUGAACUAAAAGAAUUCUUCAUGAGUUUUGGAAACGUUGUGGAACUUCGCAUCAAUACCAAGGGUGUUGGGGGAAAGCUUCCAAAUUUUGGUUUUGUGGUUUUUGAUGACUCUGAACCAGUUCAGAGAAUCUUAAUUGCAAAACCAAUUAUGUUUCGAGGGGAAGUACGUUUAAAUGUUGAAGAGAAAAAAACAAGAGCUGCAAGAGAGCGAGAAACCAGAGGUGGUGGUGAUGAUCGCAGGGAUAUUAGGCGCAAUGAUCGAGGUCCUGGUGGUCCACGUGGAAUUGUGGGUGGUGGAAUGAUGCGUGAUCGUGAUGGAAGAGGACCUCCUCCAAGGGGUGGCAUGGCACAGAAACUUGGCUCUGGAAGAGGAACCGGGCAAAUGGAAGGCCGCUUCACAGGACAGCGUCGCUGAAGCUCCACUGUUGGCAAAGUCUUGGCAGUGGUACAUUAUUCAUCGUGUUUGCAUUCUUGUUAAUUUUUUUUUGGCUUUGGAAUGUGACACAGCCUUUUUGAUCAUUUCUUUGAUGUGAAAAGCAUCUUUUGGUUAUCAGUUAAAUUGAGGUGGACAUUAUUUCCCCAAUUUCACAACAGGAUUCACAUUGUUAAUUUAUAAAUCUAGACUUGGAGAAUUAAGGACUGAGAAAUGACCAUAUCUUAAACUAUCUACGACAAAGUGAACUUAAAAGGACAUGCCCACUGAAUUCAGGUCCUUUGAGUCAAAAAAAAAUCUUCUGCUGCACAUUUUGUUUAAGUGUUACUGUUUCUGCCUGUUAAUGUUGGGAACACAAAUAGUGCAAUUUGUGCAAUUGGAGAAUCUUGCCUUUUUUCUUGGCUCCCCCCAAAAAUACAAACCAACAGAAACUUGUUAUGCACUCAUCAAAAUGUACUAAUGGGUACUCUGAACUCAUUAACAUUGACAUCUGCAACAGGAGGCAACAGGGAAAAAAAUCUUUCAUCUUCUUUUCCAGUAGAGAAUAGUUUGUGAAAUGAUGAGGGCAUUUUAUCUGCUUGCUGUGACCAGCGUGUGUACACAUAAACCUUAACAAGACUACAAGUAUAUUCCAGAAGGAAGUCAUUUUAGUUAUGAACUAAAUAACAAAAAUUAGAACUUCAAAUGCGAUGGUCUUGACUAUUAGACCAGAUUUAGUAGCUCCAUAUCUAAGAUUUUUCUACCUGCCCCUCUUCAGUACAGGGAUGGCUGGCUGCUCAACACACUCCUCCUCCCCUUUUUUCCUUUCUUUAAGCUGUGUACAGUGAAAAUUGUCUUUACUGUAUUUUUGUUCUCUGGUAAUGUAAUAAGCAUGAUGGUGCCUUCUAUUAAUACAUCAUUCCAGUCUUGCUGGUAAUUUUGUACAGUAUAGUGUAUGAAUUGCUGUGCUGCAAAGCCAAACAGCUGCAAAAUGUUGGAAAAUCAUCGAAAUGUAUAAAAAUUGCAGUAUCUUUAAAAUCAGUAAAAUGGACUAGCAUAUUAUUUAUCUUGUUCUUCAGUUAACAACUUUGUGUUAUCUGUGGGAGGGAGGGAGUCUUGUGUGUUUGUGGGGAGAGGGAAGGAGGAAGUCAGUUAUUUGAGUAAGUCUCUAGUUGACUUUUCUCUUAGCUCGAAUGUGGACCUUGAAACGUAUCACUUCAGGGCUUGGAAAAGUCAGUCAACUUGACGUACAUUUUUAGUGACAUUUUAAAAGCAGUCAGAUUCCAUAAAUGGCAAGUAAGCCUGAAGUGAGGAUACUGCAAUUUUCGGAGAAAAGAACAGCAGCUCUUUAAGUGUUUGCAUUUUCUAUUUGGGGGGCAGGGAACUGUCAUUCAUUUUGCACAAUUCUUGAACUGAUGUCAGCACCCGAGUGGCUCCUGAAUUUAAGUCUGGGACGACAUCUUUUAUUUUUACAUGAAUCUUUAAACAAUUCUGUGAGCAGAGUUUGUAGCUGCUGGAUUAUUGUCUGUCUUUAUAGCAAGUUCCAGUAAACCACAAGUAUGGCAAAGCUUAUCCAAUUUUGUGCUUGGAGCAAUCAGUACAUACCAGUUUCUGAUGUUUCAGGCAGGAGUGGGGUAAAUAAGUGUGACCACUUGAAGCUGCUCGUUAGCAUGGAAGACUUCUCCAUUCUAUCUUUGUAAAACAGACAGGAUAUGCACUUGACAUAGUAGCAAAUUGGUUCUGAAUUAGGCAACUGUUUGCUAUUUAGUAAACUAGCAAAUGAUACCUGUAUUUUGUUUUUCAUGUACUGGGCAAUAUGAGUAAAAUCUGUCCCUUUUUCUCCCUUUGAAAGAGGUCUUCCAUGUUUGAGGGAAAGUCUUGCACUAUUGCAUAUAUUUUGGGGACACAGAUUUUCAUAGUUUCCAUUUUUGGGGGGUUUAAGGAUUUUUUUUUUUUUUUUUUUUCUGUUUGAAACAGUUUUAUACUUUCUGAUGUAUAGUACUUGAAGUUCUUACCAGAAAAUUACUUUGGAGUUUUGAAGCCUUUAUUAAUACUACUUUUAAAGAAGCAGUUGUUUUAUUGUCAUUAUUUUUUUUUUCCCCAAGCAUAUUUUCUUCUAUUUCUGUUUAUAUAUAUAUAUACACACACACACAUAUAUAUACAUGUAUAUAUAUGUACAUAUAUAUAAUUUCCAAUUCAGGAUAUUGCCCUGCCAUCCAUGAAAACUGUUCUGGCACCAAAAGUAAUGACAAAUGUUAAGUGUAAUAAUAGAAAAGUAGAGCAAAGAGCCAUUCAGCUUCAGUCUUUACGUACCAUGAAUAAAACAUUAAAACAUCAUAUGGAGAAGUUUACAUGGUGAUUGUUCACCUGCAGUACUGUGGACUUUCAACAUUUUGUCCUCUUUUCAGUGAAACAGAGUAAAAAUAUUCAUCUACCAUUACUGUUAUUUGCUGAUUUUGUUUUAUUUUUUGAUGGUAAUAUUCUAUCCUUAUGACACUAUUGCAACCAAAUUGGCUUUACCAUCUUGGCUUUAGUAGGUAUAGAAAACAAUGGAUUACCAUCUUUAUUGCUGUAAUGUGUUAAGCAUUAUAUGCUAGUAGAAUCUAGUUUAAUUGUUUCAGGUGGAAAGUAUUCUUUGAGUUUCCAUAUUGAAUGUGUUUGGACUAAACAAACAAUAAACUACUGAUGUCUGCAGCAUUUA